AUGUCUCAAUUGUUAUUCUUGAAGAUUGCUGAGGCCGUUGAACAACAGGAUGACUACUUUUGGCAGAAGCCAGAUGCUUGUGGCAGAAUGGGUCUGAGGCCUAUUACAAAGAUUACGGCUGCAUUGCGGAUACUUUCCUACGGGGGCGCUGCUGAUUGCAACAACGGGGCUCUACAAAUAUCAGAGACCACCUCGCUGGAGAGAAUGGAUCAAUUCUGA